UCGGGCUGCGAUGGAAGCUCAUUUUCACACCAACGCUUUCUGUUUUCCAGCUAAACUUAAGUACCAGAGGCUAAACUUGCUUUACCGAUCUCGCACUCUGAGCAGAAACAAUUAUUCGUCCUGUGGAACUUGAGUUAUGCUUGAUUCUAGUAUGAUUGCGUCUGUUGCAGACCCCACACCCAGGCAGCAGAUGAACUAAUCAGAGAAGUGACAUUGAAAUCACUAUUGGAUUGUGUUUGACCUUCUCCCUCUGGAGGACAGCUCCUUCUCAUGAGAUACUCUACGUUGCUCGACCUCAUCGCCCCGCUGCCAUCAUCAUCGUCAUCUGCAGUCGCAUCCAGCAUUCGGCAUUUGUUCACCAUGGCCGAGAGAAACCACAUGGGAGCUUCGCAGCAGAAGAGGCUUCCACCUACUCAUUUUCUGUGCCUACCGCUGGUCAACUCGGUUUCCCUGCCACAGUUGGAAUCUUCGCUCGCCACGUUCAGGUCGGCAAUUCCGUUAUGCCCGGAAAAAGAGCAAGAGGAUGCGACAAACAGCGCCUUCCAGCCCUUCCAACCCCUGAUCCCCAACGGUGCAUUACGCCCUGUUGGAACACUUCACUUGACGCUAGGUGUCAUGAGCUUACCAACAAAGGAGCGGCAGGACGAGGCGUUCAAGUUUUUCCAGUCGCUGGAUCUAGUCUCCCUGAUGCACGAGGCAGAAGAACUAGCGAGAUCAAGGCGUAAGGGGAAUCCUACCCGGCCCCGACAGCCGGAUGUUGUGGAAACAGAGCCUUCUAUAGGCUCUGGGAGAGACCAGAUAGACUCGAAUAGCUCACCUCAACGGUUUACCAUCUCCUUGGAAUCCUUACAUGCGCUCCCGCGUACUCGUUUCGCCACCGUUCUGCAUGCCGCUCCGGUAGAUAGCUCAUCACGCCUAUAUCCGUUUUGUGUUGCGCUGCGUGACAGAUUCCUGGAUGCUGGUUUCCUUCAAGAAGAGUACCAGAAAAACAAAAAGGGAAGCAAUAAUCCCGCAGAAGAGGGUCAAAACGAGCAAGCAGCGCAGCAGAAUAUAGGACAAGUUGAAGCUGCUUCUCCAAAGCCGCGACCUCAAGAGAAUACAAAGCUCAGGAAACGCAAGAUCAGGCCGCUACUUCUUCAUGCCACCGUUGUGAAUACAGUUUAUGUCCGAGGACGACGAAGACCCGGGAAGAAUAGCAGGAACCACGGGGGCAACAGUCGAAACAAUCAAUACUCAUUCGACGCUAGAGAUAUCCUACAUCAUUAUCGGAACUACUAUACUGACGGUAAUACCUGCAUUCAGCUAGGGUCACUGGAGAGCAACACGGCUACGUAUACUCGGAUUGAUGGAGACGAGAUCUCUGACAGCAAUAGCCUCAACGGGAGCGAAAAUGAGACUGAAAACAACAACAACAACAACAAGGAAGGUAGGCCCUUCGUAUGGGCCAAAGACUUUCCUCUACAGAAAUUAUGCAUUUGCGAGAUGGGUGCGAAGAAGCUCGACUCAUCCGCCCAUGGGGGGUUAGGUGCUCGUUUGGGCGAGGAGUAUAGAAUCGUCAGUGAGAGGAGUCUCUUAUUCGAUUCUUAAACUAUGGCUCUUGUCAGAGUCAAAUAUAAAUAAUAUAGAUGUCCUUCAAGGACAGUAGACUACUCUCAGAUCUAUCAAGUAAUAAAACUGCCUUGGAAGAUAUCGUCGGUUCGACGAACUUAAAUCGAGGCAAUUCCUAGGUC